UGGCGGGUAGUGUAGACGUACCCUUUGACUCUCUUAAGAUGGCGGCCGCAACAUAACUGUCGCAGUGUCAAUGACACAUGGCUGCGCCGUGCGGGAGGCAGCGAAAGAGGGAGCGUUUAAAGGGACCAUGUCCUAACAACUGCGGAGACUAGAGCCGGGCAGAAGGCUGCGGCGAGGCCGCUGAGGCACAUUUCUGGGACGGGUCUGGGACCAGGGCCAGCAGCAGACAUGGGGCAGAGUGAGUCCGAGCCUCAGGAUGAGCAGGAGGAUGCAGCGCUCACAGCCGUGCUGCCCAACCUUAAGCUCUUUGUGGAGGAUCAGCUCCAGACCAGCAUGGUGCUGGGUGUCAUGAUUGGCGUUGGUGUUUCCAUGUUGCUCAUCGCCACCUUGAUCCUGGUGCUGGUCCGCAGGCUGCGCCACAAGCAGGUUCAGACUCAGGAGACGCCCAAGUAUCGAUUCCGCAAGCGGGACAAAGUGCUGUUCUACGGGCGCAAGAUCAUGCGCAAGGUGUCCCAAUCCACCUCCUCCCUUGUGGAUACAACCAUCUCCAGCACCUCCCGGCCCCGCAUGAAGAAGAAACUCAAGAUGUUGAACAUUGCCAAAAAGAUCCUGCGCAUCAAGAAGGAGCUGCCCAUCCUGCAGCUGAAGGAGCCGCCGCCCUCAGUGCUGGAAGCGGAUCUGACUGAGUUUGACGUGGCUAACUCUCACUUGCCAUCCGAGGUGCUGUACAUGCUGAAGAACGUCCGGGUGCUGGGCCAUUUUGAGAAGCCGCUGUUCCUGGAGCUCUGUAAGCACAUGAUCUUCCAGCAGUUCCAACAGGGCGAGUACGUCUUCCGGCCUGGCCAGCCCGACACCAGCAUCUACGUGGUGCAGGAUGGCAAGCUGGAGCUCUUCCUGACCCAGCAGGACGGGAAGGAGACCCUGGUGAAGGAGGUGUUCCCUGGGGACAGCGUGCACAGCCUGCUCAGCAUUCUUGACGUCAUCACGGGGCACCAGCGGCCAUACCGGACCGUGUCUGCACGGGCAGGCGAGGAUUCCACAGUGCUGCGGCUGCCGGUCGAGGCCUUCUCUGCCGUCUUUGAGAAGUACCCCGAGAGCCUGGUGCGGGUGGUGCAGAUCAUCAUGGUGCGUCUGCAACGGGUCACCUUCCUGGCUCUGCACAACUACCUGGGGCUGACCAAUGAACUCUUCAGCCACGAGAUGCAGCCGCUGAGGCUCUUCCCCCAGCCCAGCCAUGCCUCGCGCACCAGCCCUGUCAGACACAGCAAGCGUGUCAUCAGCAUCUCCUCCAUUGACGACCAUAAGGAGAGCUCUGGGAGGCAGCCAGAUGCCAGCGCCAAGGACCUGGCUGAUCAGCUCAAGCUGGGGUCCCUGGAGCCCUCUUCAGUGCCACUGCUGAGCCGCUGCAUCUCCAUGCCAGUUGAUAUCUCAGGCCUUCAGAAGGGUCCCCGCUCAGACUUCGACAUGGCCUAUGAGCGUGGCAGGAUCUCUGUGUCGCUGCAGGAGGAGAGCACCGGCACCAUGGCCUCCUUCUCCCGGUCUGUCUCCCAGGAGCCCAAGGAGCGCAGGUCAGUGAUGGUGGAGGAGCAGCCCCCCGGUACUUAUCACUACAACUACUGCGAGGACGACUCGGCAGGCGGCGCCUGCCCCUUUGGGCCUUACCAGGGCCGCCAGACCAGCGCCAUCUUUGAGGCUGCCAAGCGGGAGCUGGUGAAGCUCAUGAAGAUCGAGGACCCCUCCCUUCUCAACAACCGGGUGCUGCUGCACCACGCCAAGGCCGGGACAGUCAUCGCCCGCCAGGGGGACCAGGACGUCAGCCUUCACUUUGUGCUGUGGGGCUGCCUGCAUGUCUACCAGCGCAUGAUCGACAAGGCGGAGGAUGUGUGCCUCUUCCUGACGCAGCCCGGCGAGAUGGUGGGCCAGCUGGCUGUGCUGACCGGGGAGCCCCUCAUCUUCACCAUCAAGGCCAACCGUGACUGCACCUUCCUCAAGAUCUCCAAGUCGGACUUCUACGAGAUCAUGCGGGAACAGCCCAGUGUGGUGCUGAGUGUCGCCCAUACUGUGGCCGCACGCAUGUCUCCAUUCGUGCGCCAGAUGGACUUUGCUAUCGACUGGAUGGCAGUGGAGGCUGGACGGGCCUUGUACAGCCCAGGCGGUAGGGGACACUUUCCCUGGGGCAGACAUCGGCUCAGCUGGCUGACUCACCGCUCGCUGCAUGUGCUCUCCAGGCAGGGCGACAAGUCGGACUGCACCUACAUUGUGCUGAAUGGGCGCCUGCGCUCUGUCAUCCAGAAAGGCAAUGGCAAGAAGGAGCUGGUUGGGGAGUACGGUCGUGGUGACCUCAUUGGAGUGGUGGAAGCCCUGACCCGACAGCCCCGAGCCACCACCGUCCAUGCCGUGAGAGACACAGAGCUGGCCAAACUGCCCGAGGGCACCCUGAACAACAUUAAGCGCAGAUACCCCCAGGUUGUGACCCGCCUGAUCCACUUGCUGAGCCAGAAGAUCCUCGGGAACCUACAGCAGCUGUGUGGGCCCUUCACAGGCUCCAGUCUUGGUGUGGCCUCCAGCUCAGAGCUAACCAACCCAGCUAGUAACCUGUCCACAGUGGCAGUGCUGCCAGUGUGUGACGAUGUGCCCAUGGCAGCCUUCACGCUGGAGCUGGAGCAUGCCCUCAACGCCAUAGGUCCCACCCUGCUUCUGACAAGUGACAUCAUCCGAGCACGACUUGGUGCCUCAGCACUGGACAGCAUCCAAGAGUACCGGCUGUCAGGCUGGCUGGCGCAGCAGGAGGACAUCCACCGCAUUGUGCUGUACCAGACCGACUGCACACUGACGCCCUGGACUGUGCGCUGCAUCCGCCAAGCUGACUGCAUCCUCAUUGUUGGGCUGGGGGACCAGGAGCCAGCCCUAGGCAAGCUGGAGCAGAUGCUGGAGAAUACUGCCGUGCGUGCCCUGAAGCAGCUGAUUCUGCUGCACCGGGAGGAUGGCCCCAGCCCCUCCCGCACCGUUGAGUGGCUCAACAUGCGCAGCUGGUGCUCAGGACACCUUCACAUCAAGUGCCCACGCCGUGUCUUCUCCCGCCGGAGCCCCAACAAGCUGAGGGAGAUGUACGCGAAGGUCUUCGAGAAGGACGCUGACCGGCACAGCGACUUCUCCCGCCUGGCACGAGUCCUGACUGGCAACAGCAUUGCCCUAGUGCUGGGAGGAGGAGGGGCCAGGGGCUGCUCGCACAUUGGGGUGAUCAAGGCCAUGGAGGAAGCCGGGAUCCCCAUUGACCUGAUUGGGGGCACAUCCAUUGGCUCCUUCAUUGGGGCUCUCUAUGCUGAAGAGCGCAGUGCUGUGCGCACCAAGCAGCGUGCCCGUGAAUGGGCCAAGAGCAUGAACUCCGUGUUUGAGACAGUCCUGGACCUCACCUACCCCAUCACCUCCAUGUUCUCCGGCUCGGCCUUCAACACCAGCAUCAACAAGGUCUUCCAGGACAAGCAGAUUGAGGAUCUGUGGCUCCCCUACUUCAACGUGACGACAGACAUCACAGCCUCGGCCAUGCGGGUCCACAAGGACGCAGGCAGUGUGUGGCGCUACAUCAGAGCCAGUGCAUCUUAUCCCCCCUACCUGCCUCCUCUCUGCGACCCCAAGGACAGCCACUUGCUUGUGGACGGCUGCUAUGUUAACAAUGUCCCAGGCUCACUGUGGCGGUAUGUGCGAGCGAGCAUGACCCUUUCCGGGUACCUGCCGCCACUCUGUGACCCCAAGGACGGCAACUUACUGAUGGACGGUGGCUACAUCAACAACCUGCCAGCGGACAUUGCCCGGAACAUGGGUGCCAAGACAGUGGUUGCCAUCGACGUGGGAAGCCAGGAUGAGACUGACCUCUGCAACUACGGCGACAGCCUCUCAGGCUGGUGGCUGCUGUGGAAACGCCUCAAUCCCUGGGCCCAGAAGGUUAAGGUGCCUGACAUGGCGGAGAUCCAGUCGCGCCUGGCCUAUGUGUCGUGUGUGCGCCAGCUGGAGGUAGUAAAGUCGAGCUCCUACUGCGAAUACAUUCGCCCGCCCAUCGACCGCUUCAAAACCAUGGACUUUGGCAAGUUUGAUGAGAUCUACGACGUGGGCUACCAGCAUGGCAAGGUGGUGUUCAGUGGCUGGUGCCGCGGUGACAUAAUUGAGAAGAUGGUGAAGGACCGGCGCUCGGCCGACUUCUACGAGAGCAAGCGCAUGGAUGUGCUGACUUGCCCCAGCGCGGGGUUCACUGAUCUGGCCGAGAUCGUGUCUCGCAUCGAGCCGGCCAAGAGCUACCUGUCCGAUGGCUACGCUGAUGGUGAGGAAUCUGACUACCUGACGGAGUACGAGGAGGAAGGGCUGGACCCCGCGCGGGGAGAGGAGGAGCUGUUAGCGCCGGCAGGGUGGAUCCACACUGAGGAUGAGGAGAAGAGUCUGCGGCACCGCAACUCCCUGCCCCAGGAGUGAGCCCAGCCACCUGCUCCUGCUCCUGGACUAGGACAUAUGGAGCCUGCAGGCCCAGGGCUGGCACUAGGAGACUGCAGCCUGCAUGUGGCUGGGGCACUGGAGCUCAUCCUGCGCUGGAUCCCCUGGCCUGCAUCUGCUGCUGGAGUCCUGAGGCCAGCCUGGUUCCACUCACUUAAUGGCCAAGGUUCUGCUGGGGUCAGCAGCCCUUCUACAGCUCCCAGUGUGCAGUGAAGCCUGGCCUAGGCUCACCUCAAGGUGGACUGGCGGCCACUGAGCCCAGCACCCUCCACCAGCCAGUACUUGACCCAGGCCAGCGCUGCUGCAGGUCCAGGGGCACCCACAGCUACCCACUGUAUCAACUACAGGCCGCUGCUCGCUCCAAGGUCCUGUAUUGCUCCAGGGACAGCAGGGCCUAGUGCCACAGCUUCCUCUGGUAGGGGUUGGGGAUGAGGGCAGGAUGCUGUGGGAGGACUACCCCAGUCCCCUCCCCACCACACACACACACGCAUCCCAUGGCCCUGUGCCUGCACACUCCUUGCUGGGUGCCAGGGCUCUGCUCCUGGCCACAUGCUGCUGCAUGACCCACUCAGGUGAGGGGGGUUCCCAAGAGGAGGUGCCUGAGGGGUGAGGUAGAUGCCUCCAAGCCCUUCUAGGUCCAGCCCCAGCUUCUCUUCCCCUGGAUCUCCACCUGGGGUCCUGAACACUGCACUGAGCCCAGAACCUGGGAGUCCUGUGUCCCCCCACCCAGGCUGAGUGCUUUGGUGAAAACACUGCCUCUCCCUCCUCCCCUACAUGCACUGUGUAUAGGGGCAGUGUCAUUUCCUCUUGGCUUCCUCCGCAUUGCUGCUGUGGGACAUGCCCCUCAGCAUCUCUCCUGCAGCUGCUUCUUCCCGGCCCCACCUGCCACCCCUAGAGAGGGCCUGGGCUUCCUGGGGGGCAGGGCUGGGCCCUACACUCAGAGUCAGGGAUCAGCAGGGCCUGCUAGAGCCCCAGCUUACCUGGCCUGUAGGGGAAGCCAGGGGACUCAUGGGUGGGUGAUUUAGGCCAGAGCCUUGCUCCCUGGCUGCGUGUAACUCUGCCAGGUCAAGGGCUAUUCCUGGGGCAGCCCUUUUUCCCAGGGAAGCAAAUCCUGGGCUCAGCAGGCAUGGACACCCUCCCCCCCAGCUCCUGGGCACGCGCACACACCCAUUCCUGGCUGAGCUGCUAGGAUGCUGUUUGCACCUCCCUCCAGGCACCCCAUCACUGUCAUGGAGCCCCCUCAUCCCAGCUGCAGCCAGGGUGGGAGCAGUAUAACCCUAGAUGCUAUGUAUUUUUGUUAAGUUAUUGUGGCGGGUGGGAGCUGCAGGGGGGUCAGGGGCUGGCACGGAGAGGCCUGGGCACUGCGAUUUUGUUAUUUUUUAUUUAAAAGAAACCUGCUUGUGGCUGCAUGGCUGGGGCGGGGGUCGGCCCAUCCUGCCAGAAUAAAAGCUUCCACUGGCUGGGACUGACAGUCA